AUGAGUGGAUCCUCAACUAAAGACCAAUUCAGCACCACUAAUCAGAGAAACACAUUUUAUUUUCAACCAAUCAAUACUGCUCAUUUGGUACAAAUGUCAUCCAGUUUGUUGAAUGGACCUGUGGAUAACAGUCAUCAGCAAACAUUGACUUCGCAGUCCCCUUUGGCCGCUAUAUCACCGUGGUUUUCCGCAGUCGGGAAGUAUGUGCUGCACCGCAUUCCCGUGUACAAGACAGAAGUCCGUCAGCUAACUCAAAAUCGACCGCUAUGGAUAGUCCAGAAUAUAUUUCGCAGGCCUAAUCCAUCGUGGAUGAAUGCAGUUCAAGCGCAACUGAGUAGUCAAAUAAAUAAAGUUCAGAGUACACAGCAAGGCAUCAAUCUACUUGCAGAAAGCGGUCAGAAAGUAAAACCAAGCGUAAAGCAAAUCAAGCUGACUGAAAAACCCGAGACACUGGUAACCACACAAGCACCGGUCGAUUCGUGGCUGAACACGCCUGUGCAAGGCGAGGAGCCUGCAGACAAUACGUCUCGUUCAAACAAAAUGACGUCACAAGAUGCAAAUGAGCCCAUGAAAGAAGACCGUCAGAGUAAUCAGGUCCCGAAUGCAAGAGCCAAUUUCACUGCGAUUCACCAGGACUGGCAGGAUUCAGCCAAACAUAUGGGAGGCAUACUAUUUCUAGCCGUGCAAGCCGGUUCAGGUAUUCAAUAUCGUGAUUUCCACAAUCGGGGCAUGAGAUCGAAUAGCAAUCAUGCGAAUUGGUUCAUUCAUCCGAAAUUUCACCAGUGGACUCCGGGCGUGUAUGAUCGAGUUUUUUUAGAGUUCUGGAAGGAUCAAAUACCUCAAGUACGUUUGGUGUUCACCGGAAGAACUGACCCCUUUUUUAUCCUGCAAAAGCCAACUUACAAUCCAGAUGCACGAACGCCACUAUCAAAGUACUGUUCGGAUCUCAAAAUCUAUCUGCUAGUUUUAGACGCACACUCACCUUUGUCUGUGUGCUACCAAAACACUCCAACCCGUAUCGCAUCCGACAAUCAAUAUCCGAAAUUUCUCUACAGAACACCAAUUGGCUCGGCACAGAAUGGAAAUUGUAUUGUCCCAUUGGGUGAGAAACCCGAGUCAGACCGGGACAGGAAUUGUGUGUUGCACCAGGCGGACGAAUUGCGUAUCUAUGCGGUACCGUAUAGUUUGUACAAAAAUUCUCCGGGUGGAUCACAAUUAACACCAUAUCCUCUUCUAUUUGCUCUGGACUCCAAGUUGGGAGCUUCAGUCAGUGAUAUAUGGCAAAAACCGCUGAUCAGCCCACCGGGUUACCAACCGUUUGGAUUCGAUGAGGUACCAAACACUCGAUGUGAAUGUUGGUUUCGUAGCCGUGCACUGGAACAGUGGGUUCGACCGGUAUUCACAACUCCAUCUGGACAAGAACAAACGGAUAGCGGUCACAUUCCCCGUCAGGGAUUCACGCGUAUCCACGUCACAUUUCAAAACGUCUAUGGACGAACAAUAGCCAUGCUUGUGUUCGACACUCGCGGAGCACGAGCCGAUUGUUGGUUCACAGCAAGUCGUCUCCUGCAGGCCUGGCCAUGGAAUGUUGAACACUUGCGCCAUUACCGGUUCAUCCAGUUUGGUGUACCACAAAACUCCUCCAUACCAAAGCAAACUUCGACCCACACAGUCAAGCAAACUCAAGUGGAUUUUUGGAUCGGCAAUGUGACACAGAUGCGAUCAGAUCAAUCCAUCCACGUGUGCACUAGCCUUGUCCUGGUGAUGAGGAUGGCCACCGGGCAAAUCGAUGGAAAACCACAUUGUCUGUUUGGUCUAGAACACACGAACCAACUGAUCAGUGAACCUUUCAUGGGUGUCAGUUAUGUAGAUGGAAUGGCAUGGGAAAUGAUUCGAGCACAUCAAUUAAUCAUCUCGUCAGACUGA